GGCAUGGCUUGCACCAGGAGAACCAAAACUUUGGUGUCCACAUGCGUGAUUCUGAGCGGCAUGACCAACAUUGUUUGCCUGCUCUAUGUCGGAUGGGUUACUAAUUACAUCGCCAAUAUUUACAUCAAAGUCCCCAUGCCUUUACCGGAGAGAAAGUUAGAGGGUGACAAAAGGGGAGACACACUCCGGAUCAUGGAGAGGCUGGAUCGCCUGGAGAAUGUGGUCAAUCAGCAUAUUCAAGAGACUCCAGGGAGGGGAGAGGACGGUCAGGCGGACACGUCUUUCUCUGAUUCGUCGCUGUUUGCUCACUGGGGUAAGGAGCUUGCCCCGGACAACCGGCGGGUGGCGCUGAAGAUGUUUCAGUACUACGGCUAUAACAGCUACCUCAGUGAUCGUCUCUCCUUAGACAGGCCAAUACCAGACCUCAGGCCUGAUGGGUGCAGAAACAUCACAUAUCAUUUAAACCUCCCUCAAGUGAGCAUUGUGUUCAUUUUUGUGAAUGAAGCCUUGUCCGUCAUCCUACGGUCCAUCCACUCUGCCAUCAAAAGGACACCCUCCCACCUUCUCAAAGAGAUAAUCCUCGUGGACGACAACAGCAAUAACAAUGAGCUAAAGGAGAAGCUGCAGGAUUUUGUGUCUGAGACUAACAGCCAACGUCCAGGAUUCAUCAAGAUGGUGAGGCAUGCAAAGCAGGAGGGUCUGAUCCGGUCUAGAGUGAGUGGAUGGAGAGCUGCCACUGCACCAGUUGUUGCCCUGUUUGAUGCCCACGUCGAGUUCAACGUUGGCUGGGCUGAACCCAUUCUCCAAAGAAUUAAAGAAGACAGAACCCGCAUAAUUUCCCCUUCAUUUGACAACAUCAAGUACGACACGUUCGAGAUUGAAGAGUAUCCGCUGUCUGCCCAGGGCUUUGACUGGGAGCUGUGGUGUCGCUACCUCAACCCACCCAAGAGCUGGUGGCACAGGGGCAACAAGAGCGCUCCCAUCCAGAGCCCUGCCCUGAUUGGUUGCUUUGUGGUGGAUAGGCUGUACUUUGAGGAGAUUGGUUUGCUGGAUGAAGGGAUGGAGGUGUACGGGGGAGAAAAUGUGGAACUGGGCAUAAGGGUGUGGCAGUGUGGUGGCAGUGUUGAGGUCCUGCCUUGUGCUCGCAUCGCCCACAUCGAGCGUGCUCAUAAACCCUACACAGAGGAUUUAACGUCUCACGUGCGGCGGAACGCCCUCAGAGUGGCAGAAGUUUGGAUGGAUGAGUUUAAAAGCCACGUCUACAUGGCCUGGAACAUUCCUGUGGAGGACUCAGGGAUUGAUAUUGGUGAUAUCUCUGAAAGGAAGGCUCUGAGGAAGAGGCUGCAGUGUAAAACUUUCCGGUGGUACCUGGUCAACAUCUACCCUGAGAUGAGGAUGUACAGCGACAACAUCGCAUACGGAGUACUGAAAAACUCUCUGAAGAAUGAUCUGUGUCUGGACCAGGGGCCUGACAAUGACAAUGUCCCCAUCCUGUACCUUUGUCAUGGGAUGACACCUCAGAAUGUGUACUACACCAGUACUCAGCAGCUCCACAUCGGGCUGCUCAGUCCCACCAUUGACGACGAUGACAACAAGUGCCUGGUGGAUGUGAACAGCAGACCACGCCUCAUCGAGUGCAGCUAUGCCACAGACAAACGCAUGAAGCUCCACUGGCUCUUCAUUCAGGGAGGAUCCAUUCAGAACAGGAAAUCAAAGAGAUGCCUAGAGCUUGUUGCAAGCAGUGACAAUGAGUUUGGCUACCAACUGGCUCUGCAGAAAUGUACUGGACAGAAAUGGUUCAUCACAAACGUGCUGUUUAGCAGUUUCUUAUGA